AUGUGCAAGGAGUUUGAAUUUAAGUUGGGAAUGGAGUUUAAUUCAAUCCAACAAUUUCGAGAAGCCCUCAAGGAGUACUGUUUGCUACAUAGGUAUGAUGUUGAGUUUCUUAAAAAUGAUAAGGAAAGAUGUCGAGUUAGGUGCAAGAAGAAGUGUGGUUGGUUGAUAAUUGUAAGCAAAGUUGGUGGCUCAAUGACUUUUCGAGUAAAAACACUUGGACCAAAGCAUACUUGUGGGGUAACAUUUAAUUCAAGGUUAGCCACAUCAAAGUGGGUUUCAGACAAGAUAGUAGAUCAUAUGAGGAUGAAUAAGAAUUCGAAGCUAGGAGAUGUGGUUUCAAUAGUAAAACAAAAUUAUAUGGUGCAACCUUCAAUAAACAAGGCAUUUUGGGCUAGGAAGAUUGCAAAGAACACAAUAGAGGGAGAUCACAAAGAAGAGUACAACAAGUUGGUAAACUUUUGUAAUGAAGUCAAGAAGAGAAAUCCGCAAUCUACAUUUGCUCUUGUCACUGAUACUACUUAUUAUGUAGAUCGCCCACGUGUGUUUAAGAGAUUGUAUGUGUGCUUAGAACCAGUGAAAAGAGGUUUUAUGAAAGUAUGUAGGCCAAUUAUUGGAUUAGAUGGUUGCUUCCUUAAGGGCACAUACGAAGGUAUUUUGUUGGUGGUUGUAGCUCGCAAUCCUAAUGAUCAAUAUUUUCCUCUAGCUGUGGCAGUAGUUGAGACUGAGAACAAAGAUUCUUGGACAUGGUUCUUAAAACAAUUGUUUGAUGAUAUUGGUAGUAUGGCUGAAAAGAAAUGGGGAUUGGUUCAAGCUUUUGGAGAAUUACUUGAAGGUGUUGAACAUAGAUAUUGUGUAAGACACUUGUAUGCCAACAUCAAGUCAAGAUUUGCAGAAAAUCACAUCAAAGCUGCAAAAUAUCAUGGGAAGGGAAUUGUAUGCCCUCGUCCCCCUAAGAGACUUGACAAGGAGGUUGAAGAGUCUAGAAAGUGGAUGCCAAGAUAG